AUGGCGAAUUCAAAUCAAAUGCAACCAUUGGGAACAACAACAACAUCAGCAGCGACAGCAGCUCAAGUGCCGAUAACAGCCGCAGCGAUUACAAGCAAUUUCCAGGAGCUAAUCAAGGAACCCAAAGGACUUGACGAGGCAGCCAAUUAUUUGUAUCAAACACUUGUGGACGAUGCGGUGGCCGGCAUAUUCAUCGAGACACAUCAUUUGCGCAAAACAAACAAUUUGACGGCGCUUGAUGGUGUCGGCGAGGAGAAUGCGGAAUCAACGUAUAGAAUCUGCGAGAUGCCAAAUUUGGAUAUCUUUGGCAUAUCGACGGCAAAGAAACCAAUGGACUGCACCUGCCCCAAUUGUGAUAGAUUAGUGGCUGCGGCCAGAUUUGCACCGCAUCUGGAGAAAUGUAUGGGCAUGGGACGCAACUCAUCGCGCAUUGCCAGCCGACGAUUGGCCACCAAAGAGGGCACCAGCGCCAGUUCCAGCUCAUCAUCAACGUAUUUACAAUCGGGGAAUGCAGGUGGCACGGAUGACGAGGACGAUGUGGACUGGUCAUCCGAUAAGCGUAAGAAGAAAUCCACACAAAACUCUCGCAACAAUGGUUCGAAAAAAAACAAUGGAAAAACAUUCUAAAUUUUCAAAUAAAUGUAACUAAUA